AUAAUGCAUACGCUAAAAAUGCCAAUAUUCAAUUGACCAACGAGAUCCCAGGCCGCGUAUCUCAUGAUAAUUCCCCAUGACUUCACCAAGCCAGAAUGAGGUUGCAUCGGAGAUAUGAGAAGCCCCCCGCCAAGCAAUACUUUGUUCUCUCGGCCCAAGGCUGAGAGAACGCCCGGGUUCGGUGUGACAGACCUUGAUCUUAUCUCGACAUUAUCUGAUACAGAUGGGCGAAUCAUUACCCAGACCGUCAAUCUUACAUGCAUAGAACUCCUUCUAGCGAGCUUCUGGAAAUGGAGCUUUGGUGGAGACGUGGUCACGAGGUUGUUGUUUUCUCUCUUGGCGGGAAGGAUAAACGGUGCCGAUGCUUCGGUGCUUCCGACUAUGGGGAAAUCGGUCUCCACCCGGCGGAUGACGGUCCGGGGUUAUGUCAGCAUCUCGGCCGACCAGUGCCGUCCGUAAGCUCCACAUGUUGUCACUGGAAUUCCGCUGGAUGGGAAGUGAGGGGAGAAGAGAUAAGGGGAACCAAGGGAUGGGC